AUGGCGGGCGGAGUCAAGAAACCUGUCAACAUCUUCCGUCUGAAGAACUUGGGUGAACCCAAGGAAGUCUUUAACUGGAAGCUAUGGUUCGCCGUCUUCUCGUUCGGCCUCCUGGGCGCUGCCCGAGGUGUGGAUGAGGGUUUAAUUUCUGGAGCUUUCAAUAGCAAGGACUUCCAGAACACCAUCCACUAUGGUUCCUACACCAAGGUUGAACAGGCCAACAUCAAGGCCAACGUCAGUGCCAUGGUGCAGAUCGGCUCUGUUGGCGGUGCUCUCUUCGCUUUCCUGGUUUGUGAUCGAAUUGGUCGUAUCUGGGCUACUCGUUGCCUUUGUAUCAUCUGGAUUGUCGGCAUUUCCAUCUUCCUCGGUGCCAACGGCAACCUCGGCGCGGUCUAUGCAGGCCGUUUCAUCGCGGGUCUCGGCGUUGGUCAGACACCUGUCGUCGGACCUAUUUACAUCGCCGAAAUCGCGCCAGCAUCCAUUCGUGGUCUUUGCACAUGUAUCUUCACCGGAUUUGUCUACCUCGGUAUUGUCCUGGCAUACUUCACUAACUAUGGAUGUCAGGUGAACUUGGGUGAUACCUCUCAUAAGCGAUGGAUGGUUCCGACAUCCCUCCACAUCAUGUUCGCUGGUAUUAUCUUCUGUCUCACCUUCUUCCAAUACGAGUCUCCCCGCUUCCUGAUUAAACAAGGGAAACACGACAAAGCCUUGAAGGUCAUGGCUCAUCUUCGCAAACUUCCAGAGGACCACGAGUAUGUCACACGAGAGAUUACGGCUAUCCACUGGCAGAAUCAAGAAGAGCUCGAGGCUACCAAGGGUGCCAGCUGGUUUGGUGUUAUCAAGGAGAUGUUCCUCAUCCCCAAGAACCUCUACCGCCUAUACCUCGCUAUCGGAGCCCAGAUUAUGAGUCAAUGGAGUGGUGCUGGUUCAAUCACUCUGUAUGCGCCUGACUUAUUCGACCUAUUAGGCAUCACAGGAACAAACGAGAGCUUGCUGGUUACCGCCGUUUUUGGCAUCGUUAAAUUGUGCGCAGCAGUUCUCUGUGCGCUAUUCCUUGUCGAUGUUAUUGGGCGUAAGCGCUCUCUGCUGAUUGGCAUCACCCUCCAAGCUAUCGCGAUGAUCUACAUUGCAGGUUUCUUGACAGCUGUACCUGAACUAGGGGUUGUGGAUGACUACUCGCUAGACAAGUCCGAGACUGGCCCGUCUAAGGGUGCUGUUUUCAUGAUCUACCUUUCUGGCUUCGGUUGGGCACUGGGCUGGAACAGCAUGCAGUAUCUUCUGACAGCUGAAUUAUUCCCGCUCAGAAUUCGAGCCAUCUCGACUUCACUUGCUAUGAUGUUCCACUUUGCCAACCAGUAUGGAAACUCACGAGCUGUACCAAACAUGUUGUUACCGGUCUCGGACGGUGGCAUUUCGCCCAAGGGUACUUUCUGGUGCUUUGCAGCAGUCACUAUCUUGGGCGGCUUCUGGGUGUGGUUUACCAUUCCUGAGACAUCUGGUCGGUCACUUGAGAGUAUGGAUAGACUUUUCGAACUGCCUUGGUAUAAGAUUGGACGAUAUGGCAACAUGGAUGCCGAGGAACAGGAUGUUGCCUUUGAGGCGAAGACUGAUGAGGCGCGAGCUGCCACAGCUGCCCACGUGGAAGAGAAGCCAUCUGAGCUGCGCGUGUAA